GGACAAUAUAACUGCACGCGUUGCAGUAGAGUGCAUGGUUGUUUCUACCAAUGAAGCGCUUUGUGUACAUAAACGACGAGUCCUACCAGAAUGACUACUGCGAUAACCAGAUUUCUAACACAAAGUAUAACCUGUGGAACUUCCUGCCGAAGAACCUAUGGGAGCAAUUCAGGCGUUUCAUGAAUCAAUAUUUCUUAUUGAUAGCGUGUCUCCAACUAUGGUCACUCAUUACUCCUGUAAAUCCUGCAAGCACAUGGGGCCCGCUUAUAAUAAUUUUCGCGGUUUCAGCAACCAAAGAGGCCUGGGAUGACUACAAUAGGUUCAUUUCAGACAAGCAGGCGAAUGAAAAGAAAGUGUGGAUUGUAAAGAAUGGAGCCCGCAAACAUAUUCAAGCACAAGAUAUCCGUGUUGGUAACAUAGUAUGGCUUCGAGAGAAUGAAGAAGUUCCAUGCGACCUUGUUUUAACAGGAACUUCUGAACCACAAGGCAUUUGUUAUGUUGAGACAGCUGCUCUUGAUGGGGAAAUUGACUUGAAGACAAGAGUAAUCCCACCAACAUGUGUAGGACUGGACUCUGAACAAUUGCACAAAAUAAAGGGGGUCAUUGAGUGCCCAAUCCCAGACAAAGACAUAAGAAGAUUCGAUGCAAAUAUCAGGCUGUUUCCUCCAUUUAUCGAUAACGACAUUUGUCCAUUGACUAUUAAUAACACAUUGCUACAAUCAUGCUACUUGAGAAAUACAGAAUGGGCUUGCGGAGUGGCAGUUUAUACAGGCAAUGAGACUAAGUUGGGGAUGAGUAGGGGUGUCCCAGAGCCCAAGCUUACUGCCAUGGAUGCAAUGAUUGAUAAGCUUACUGGUGCAAUAUUCUUAUUUCAACUUGCAGUUGUUGUUGUUCUUGGAUCUGCAGGCAAUGUCUGGAAGGACACUGAAGCUCGUAAGCAAUGGUAUGUCAAGUAUGAUGAUGACGAACCAUGGUAUCAGAUUCUGGUUAUCCCUCUCCGGUUUGAGUUAUUGUGCUCCAUCAUGAUUCCCAUUUCAAUAAAGGUUUCUUUGGACUUUGUUAAAAGUCUGUAUGCAAAGUUCAUAGAUUGGGACGAGGAGAUGUAUGACCGGGAAACAGAUACACCUGCCCACGCAGCAAACACAGCAAUCAGUGAAGACUUGGGACAAGUUGAGUAUAUUUUGACAGAUAAAACGGGGACGCUAACAGAGAACAAGAUGAUCUUCAGAAGGUGCUGUAUUGGGGGCACCUUGUACGGGAACGAAAGUGGAGACGCGCUGAAAGAUGUUGAACUGCUGAAUGCUGUUGCCAAUAAUUCGCCCAAUGUCAUUAAAUUCUUGACAGUCAUGGCACUCUGCAAUACAGUUAUUCCUAUAAAAAGUCCUAGCGGAGCAAUAUCAUAUAAAGCUCAGUCCCAGGAUGAGGAUGCUCUGGUUAAUGCAGCCUCUAAUUUGCAUGUUGUGCUUGUUGGCAAAAAUGGAAACAAUGCUGAAAUUCACUUCAACAGACGGGUGAUUCAGUAUGAGAUACUUGACAUUCUAGAAUUUACCUCUGAUCGAAAAAGAAUGUCUGUUGUGGUAUCAGACAGUCAAAGUGGCAAGAUUUUCCUCUUGUCCAAAGGCGCAGAUGAGGCUAUUCUUCCUUUGGCUUAUCCUGGGCAGCAAAUAAAGACAUUCGUUGACGCGGUCGACAAAUAUGCUCAGCUGGGCUUACGUACGCUCUGUUUGGGAUGGCGUGAGCUAAGUUUGGAGGAGUAUCUAGAAUGGUCUCGGUUAUUUAAGGAAGCCAGCAGCGCGUUAAUUGAUCGGGAGUGGAAAGUUGCCGAGGUUUGCCAGAAAUUAGAACACACCCUGGAUAUUCUAGGUAUCAGUGCAAUAGAGGAUCGCCUGCAGGCUGGUGUGCCAGAAACUAUUGAAAUACUGAGACAGUCAGGAAUCAACUUUUGGAUGUUAACCGGAGAUAAACAAAGCACUGCUAUUCAAAUAGCUCUUUUGUGCAACUUGAUUUCUUCAGAGCCCAAGGGUCAACUCUUGCAUAUCAAUGGGAAAACCGAAGAUGAAGUUGCUAGGAGCUUGGAAAGAGUUUUACUCACUAUGCGGAUAACGUCUUCUGAACCUAAGGAGUUAGCUUUCGUCGUGGAUGGUUGGGCUCUUGAAAUUAUUCUAACGCGCUAUAAGGAAGCUUUUACUGAACUAGCAGUUCUUUCAAAGACAGCGAUAUGUUGUCGUGUUACACCUUCACAGAAAGCACAGCUUGUCAAGCUUCUGAAGUCAUGCGACUAUCGAACUUUGGCAAUUGGCGAUGGUGGGAAUGAUGUCAGAAUGAUACAGCAGGCCCACAUUGGUGUAGGAAUUAGUGGUAGAGAAGGUCUUCAAGCAGCAAGGGCUGCUGACUAUAGCAUUGGCAAGUUCAGGUUCUUGAAAAGGCUUAUUCUUGUCCAUGGGCGAUAUUCAUACAACCGCACUGCCUUUCUUUCGCAGUAUUCAUUCUACAAGUCAUUGUUAAUUUGCUUUAUUCAGAUACUUUUUUCUUUUGUUUCGGGUAUUGCUGGAACAAGUUUAUUCAACUCAGUUAGUUUGAUGGCUUAUAAUGUCUUCUACACAAGCAUUCCUGUUUUAACUACUAUUCUGGACAAGGAUCUAUCUGAAAAGACAGUGACACAGAAUCCAGAGAUUUUACUUUACUGCCAGGCGGGAAGGCUUUUAAAUCCAAGUACUUUUGCUGGUUGGUUUGGUCGAUCAUUGUAUCAUGCAAUUGCUGUUUUCUUAAUCACUAUUCAUGUGUAUGCCAAUGAAAAAAGUGAGAUGGAGGAGUUGUCAAUGGUUGCCCUCUCAGGAAGCAUUUGGUUGCAGGCGUUUGUUGUGACAUUGGAGAUGAAUUCUUUCACAUUUCUGCAAUUUCUGGCGGUAUGGGGAAACUUUGCUGCUUUCUACAUCAUAAAUUUCUGCAUCAGCAGCAUACCAUCUGCUGGGAUGUACACUAUCAUGUUCCGCCUUUGCAGACAGCCGUUGUACUGGAUAACAAUGCUGCUAAUCAGUGGAGUUGGCAUGGGUCCUGUACUAGCUCUGAAAUAUUUCAGAUAUACAUACAGACCUAGUGCCAUUAACAUUCUUCAGAAGGCCGAGCGAUCACGUGGGCCUAUGUACACCCUGGUAAAUCUUGAAUCUCAAUUGAGAUCAGAGAAAGAUAAUGCUGCGAUCAAUUCCAUUUCGACCACACCAGUCAAGAAUAAGACCUCAGUUUAUGAGCCCCUACUGUCUGAUUCUCCUAUGGCAUCCAGGAGAUCACUAGCGUCAUCAUCAUUUGACAUCUUUCAGCCAUCGCAGCCAAGGGUUCCUGCGUCUUAUCCCAGAAAUAUUAAAACUAGUUAACGUUUGGUUCCCCUUGUAGUACAGGUUAUACCCCUACCUCCCUUCACCAUUGCUUUCGGAAUGAAAUACAAUAGCCCUCAACAAAGAAAUGGAAUGAUAGAUAGAGGUCAGUCGAAUUAGAUGUGUAGCAUAGUGUUGUAAAGGAUUUUGUAAAAAAAAAAACAUAUUAUCCAGAAUAUAAAUGUCAAACGAUAAAAUGUACCUAUAUUCUGAUCAAAUAAAAACCUGGUUGCACUGCGGAAAA